AGCCAGGCGGAGUCGAAGUCGCACAACUCCCGAGAAGGAGGGAGCUACUCCGCCUAGCCUGCUGAAAAACACUCGAAAUCACUUUCACACCCAGAAACCCAAGCAAUCGGCAAUUUUUCAUCUACCGGAAUACCUUUUUUAUUUUUUUAAAUCUUAAUAUAUUACAGGUGAGGAAAGUAUCAGUACUUUGUUCACUAUUUGCACUAGCAGUACUCGACAACUAGUGAGAAUCCUUGUCUUUGAGUUUUUUCAACCAAAAACGUUUCACACUGUGUGGAAAGAAAGUUCUUCAAGUCCAGCACUCUUGCCCUUGGAACGCGAUCGAGCCCACGCUUUGGUCCCGUAGGCCAUUUUGCCUGAAGCGCACCCGUGUCGUCAACCACGGCUAAACAAAACGGACCCAGUCGAGCCAUUUUCACUCGCGCGCGCCCGGUCUCCGCUUACCCGGUCAACCUCAGCAGUCAGCUAUGCAGCUUGAAAUCCAAGUAGCUCUCAACUUCAUCAUCUCGUACCUGUACAACAAGCUGCCCAGACGGCGGGUGAACAUCUUCGGCGAGGAGCUGGAGCGGCAGCUGAAGCAGAAAUACGAGGGCCACUGGUACCCGGACAAGCCGUACAAGGGCUCGGGCUUCAGGUGCAUCCACGUAGGGGAGAAGGUGGACCCCGUGGUGGAGAAGGCAGCCAAAGAGAGCGGGCUGGACAUCAACGACGUCCGCCACAACCUUCCCCAGGACCUCAGCGUUUGGAUCGACCCUUACGAGGUGUCCUACCAGAUCGGGGAGAAGGGCCCCGUCAAAGUGCUGUACGUCGACGACAGCAACGAGAGCGCGGCGGGCGCAGGGGGGCUGGAUCUGGACAAGGAGAUCAAGAACAGUUUCAAUCCGGACGCGCAGGUCUUCAUGCCCAUCAACGAGCCCAUGGGCGGCACCUCGCCGGGCUCCAGCUCGCCCUCCCCUCCUUUCGGCCACUCGGCGGCGGUCAGCCCCACGUUCAUGCCCCGCUGCACGCAGCCUUUAACCUUCACCACCGCCACCUUCGCCGCCACCAAGUUCGGCUCCACCAAGAUGAAGAGCAGCGGGCGCAACGGCAGCAACGGCGCCACUAAUGCCGGUGCUGGCGGCAAGGCGGCGGCGGCGGCGCGCACCUCACCCACCAACCUGGGCCUCAAUGUGAACACUCUCCUGAAGCAGAAAGCCAUCUCCACCUCCAUGCACUCGCUCUACGGACUGGGCCUGGGAACGCAGCAGCAGCAGCCGCAGCAGGCCAAGCCCUCGGCCCUGUCCCCCAACGCCAAGGAGUUUGUGUUCCCCAGCCUGCAGGGCCUGAGCAGCCAGAGCGCCCUCUUCCCGGCGGACAGCUCGCUGGGUCUGGGCCCGCUUCCGUACGGCAACGCCUUUGACGUGUUUGCGGCCUACGGCGGCCUUAACGACAAGUCCCUGAUGGACGGCUUGAAUUUCAGCUUGAGCAACAUGCAGCAUUCUAACCAGCAAUUCCAGCCUGUCAUGGCCAACUAGUACCCUGAGCUAGUACUAACGACCAGAUAAUGUGACCGCCAGCAGCAGCAGGAGGAGGAGGAGGAGGAGGUCUCAAACUUCAAGUGCACAUUUAGAAAAACAAAAAGGAAAAAAAUAAAAAAAGAGAUGUCAAGGUUAAAAGGAGAAGUGACAGCGUUGGUCGGCUAUAAGAUCUCAGUCACGAACGAGUCUUAAGAAUACGAGCCCGAGGGUGAACGACUUUGCCCCCCCCUCGAGUUACAACUUCAGUGGUGACGCUUGUUGUACGAGAUGUCCGAGCUUGGUUAUCCAAAACUUCAACUUGCAUUAUUGUUAUUUCAUUUGCCAACCAAGCACAAACUAUUUUUUUACGUUACUGUUUAAGAUAUAUUGAAAGGAGAAAAAAAAAAAAACUUCACCACGAGUCAUGGCCUCUUUCAGUAUUUUGACAGAACUGGACGUUGCCAAUCUUUCAAGAAUUUGGCAAAGCUAAGUGGGAUUUUCUGGUCUUUUUUCUAAUUGUAUAAUUUAAUUUAGUACAGAGUUUGUAAAAUAUCAGAGUAUCUAUUGUUUCUACGACACGGUAUUGCAUUUAUAUCUUUUUACUACUCCAGUGAUCUGUGAUGGCUGCAGCAAUUUUGUUUUCUUUUUUUAUUGAAAUUAUAUAAUAAAAAAUGAAUCCAUCUUUCAAAAAACGACAUUGACUAUUCUAAAGACUGUGUACAGAUUAUUCCGUAGUGGUGGGAUUUAAGAAUAUUUACUUUGGGGGGGGAAAACACAUAGUUGUAUUUUCUGUUAAGAGUUUAAAAAGAAAAAGAUUUUUUGCUAUAUUAUGGACAAAAUGUAAUCGUAUAUUAAUUUUGUACCUACAUUGUGCAAUACUUGAUAAAACAAAACGGUAUAACAAAGUAUUCGGAGUCAGUGUCUUACAUGUUAACAGGGACUGAUAGUUUAUUAAGUUUGUAUUAAAAGGCUUGAAAAGAA